AUGGAGCACGGCUGCGAUAGGAACACCGCCGUCGCGACGCCGGCCGCCUUCGCCACCCGCCGCGCCCACAGCAAGUGCGGGUCCGUGCUGCUCCACGUCGUCUGCGCGACGUGCCGCGAGGGCGCCCUCGACGAGGACGCCCGUGCCACGGCGCGGCACGCACUCGCUGGCUAUCCACAGCUGGGCGGCCCGCGCGUGUUGCACGCGUGCGGCGUGUGCCACGACGCUACGCGGACGCCGAAGCUGGCCUACGCCUACCGCAACACCGCCGCUCCGUGGGGCGGCGUGGCCCGCGCCGUCGACUUCGCCAAGGUCACCCGAGGAAGCAAGGAAGCAGAUCAACAGCUCAACGUCAUCGACUCUAUCCUCGAUCCGGCGGUGUUGGGCGACGACGCGUGUCUCAUGCUCGCCAAUGCCGUCUACUUCGAGGGUCGUUUGGAGAGGUCAUUCGCGGCCAAGUGCAGGAACAUGGAGGACAGCAGGUCGUUGCACCGACUCGACGGCAGCACCGUUGACGCUGAGUUCAUCUGCAGCGACGAAGACCAGUUCAUCGAGACGCACGACGGGUUCAAGGUGCUCAAGAUGAUGUGCACACUACGCGACCCCUUCCAUGGUGUGCCGGCCAAAACGAUGGAUGCCCUCUUGUGGGCGAGGAACAUGUCCAUGCCCCAGUUCCCACGGCACUCCAUGUACAUAGUCUUGCCGGACGCGCACGACGGCCUAUGGAGCCUCCACGACAAGAUGGCGUCGAGCCCGAGCUUCCUCCACGAGCACCUACCGGAGUGGCCUGUCAAUGUUGGCGAGUUCCGGGUGCCCAAGCUCAGGAUAUCCUUCGCUCCACGACCACGAGCCUGA